GGUGAUGAGGGGGCAGCAGGGGAGAGAGGCUGGCUGGGAGCGGGGUGGGCGGCGGCCCUGAGGGGAUUCGCCCAGAGUGGGUUUCCUCAUGGAGUGUGGGGCAGGGAGGGAAAGCUUAAACCACUAAACAAGGGCAGAAUCUUUCCCAAAGCAGAAAGAGGAAAUCUCCAGUUUGGGCUAGACGGCUCAAAAGUGGACUGAAGGGGCGACAAACUAGCUGGAGAGUGACUGGAGUUUGAGGGACUUAAGGGCUUGAGGGACUUAAGGACUCUCUGCAUGUACUGCAGGGCACUCCAUCCAUCCCAUUACAGCGUUGUACACAAAAUAAUCAGCCCCAAAUUAUUUAUUUACAGAAGGGACUACGAUUCAAGAGUCAGAUUAAAUUGGGGUUGAGAAUUAGGAACUGAGAAGAAACCUACCAACUGGGGCUGAAGCUCAGGGGUCUGGGGAGGAGAUGCCUGCUGGGACAGACACCCAGGGAGAAUGGGAGGAGAUGCCCACUGGGGCAGAAGCUCAGGGGUUGAGGGGGGAGUUGCCAACUGUGGCUGAAGCCCCCCCAGGAGUAUGGGGGGAGGAGGAGAUGGCCACUGGGCAAGGAGUUCAGGGGCUAGGAGGAGGAGAGUUGCCAACUGAGGCUGAGCCAGAGGGUUUGGGACAAGAUGUCUCAAACAGAGAUGAGGUCCAAGGGCUGAAGGGAGAGACCUCAGUCAGAAGGGCAGCUCAAGGGUGGAUGGCAACUGAAGCUGAUUGUGGAAAACCUAGGGGGGGAAUGGUAGUGAAAACUGUCCCAAGUGAGCUAAGAAAAAAGCUUUUGAAAGAUGAAGCCAGUGUGGCACAUCCUUCUAAUCUUUCUCUUACAAAAGGCAUUGAGGCAGGUGGGACAGUGUCAGGUACCAGAGGCAGGGGUUCCACCGAGAAGGGGGGAAAGCAGGCAAACAAGAAAAGAGGACAGAAACCCAAGGCUGAAGAUCCUUUUAAGGGGCUAUCAAUUUACUUCCCUAAAGAACAAUGGGCUGAAAUGGGAGAAUGGGAGAAAAUACGCUAUAAGAACAUGAAACAGAACUUUGACUUUAUGACUCAAUUAGGUUUUCCUGUUCCUAAACCAGCAUUUAUGUAUUAUGCACGUCACCCUCCAAAUUUUAAAAGGAAUGAGUCCUCUGAGUCAGAUGAAGAAUGGACACCAAAAUCUUUAGUAAAAUCUUUUAGGCCAACAUGUAAUCCGAGCAACUUGAAAGAAGGAAAGAAGAAAAGGCAGAACCUUGAACAAAAUAAACAGAUAAAGCCAGAGAAAAGCACUAAGGAACCUAUCCCCCCAAAUCAAGAUGAUGUCAAGAAAACUGGCAAAAAUAUGUGUACAGGCACAUCUGUCCAUACUACUGACCUUGCAGCAGAAUACAAAACUGACUUCCCGAGGCAAGUUGUUCAGGGAAAAAAAGAUCAUGGGAAAAGAGAACAAAACAAACAAGUUAGCCCAUACAGUUUGCGGAAGAGAGAGAGAAAAACAUAUAUGGAAAUAAAUGAACCUAAUGAUGAUGAUUACUUGUUUUGUGAGUAUUGUCUCAUAUUCUUUACUGAUGAGUGUACAGUUCAUGGUCCCCCAGUUUUCAUCAAAGAUUCAAUAGCAGAAAUAGGACUGGAAAAGAGAGCCACCCUCACAUUACCUUUGGGUUUGAGAAUUGGUCCUUCAAGUAUCCCCAAAGCUGGUCUUGGUGUCUGGAAUGAUGGAGAAAUUCUGCCUGCAGGAAUUCAUUUUGGGCCCUAUGAAGGGAGAAUGACAGAGGAAGAGGAAGCAGCUAAUAGUGGCUAUUCGUGGCUGAUUACCAGGAGACAAAACUGCUAUGUUUACAUUGAUGGAAAGGAUGAAAAUAAUUCUAACUGGAUGAGGUAUGUGAACUGUGCCAGGAAUGAAGAAGAACAAAACCUUGUUGCCUUCCAGUAUCAUGGGAAAAUCUACUACAGAGCAUGCAAGAUAAUUGUCCUUCAUUCUGAGCUUCUGGUUUGGUAUGGAGAAGAAUAUGGAAAAGAGCUUGGCAUCAAAUGGGGAUCUAGAUGGAAAUUGCUAAAAGUACAUAGGCAGAAUUCACAGUUGACUCAAAAGCAAGACAGAACCUAUCAUCCGUGUCCCUGCUGUGAUCUAGCUUUCGUUUGCAAAUAUUACCUUGGUCGUCACAUAAAGUGGAAGCAUCCUGAAUAUGGAAUACAGAAUGAAGAACUACAAAAGGGAGUGGGAGAGAGAUCUUUAUUGAAAGCCACAAGCUAUGUUUCCUACAGUACUACUACACUACAUCAGCUCCUGCCCAGUAGGGUGAAGAAAACCAAAGACGAGGAAAUACAAUAUUUUAAAUAUAUAAACAAAGAGGCAGAGAGCAGAAAUCUUUAUGCUUGCAACAUAAAAAAGUGCUCUUGGCUCAGUGAAGGUGAGAAAAUAGUAAGGCAGUUUUCACUAAUGCACCAAAACACACACACAGGUGAGAAGCCAUAUUCAUGUAGGGAGUGUGGGAAAAGCUUCAGUCAAUCAUCAGACCUGCUCCGUCACAAGCGAACACACACAGGCGAGAAGCCAUAUUCAUGUAGGGAGUGUGGGAAAAGCUUCAGUCAAUCAUCAAACCUGCUCCGUCACAAGCGAACACACACAGGCGAGAAGCCAUAUUCAUGUAGGGAUUGUGGGGAAAGCUUCAGUUGGUCAUCGCACCUGCUCCGUCACAAGCGAACACACACAGGCGAGAAGCCAUAUUCAUGUAGGGAGUGUGGGGAAAGCUUCAGUUGGUCAUCGCACCUGCUCCGUCACAAGCGAACACACACAGGCGAGAAGCCAUAUUCAUGUAGGGAGUGUGGGAAAAGCUUCAGUCAGUCAUCAGACCUGCUCCGUCACAAGCGAACACACACAGGCGAGAAGCCAUAUUCAUGUAGGGAGUGUGGGAAAAGCUUCAGUCAGUCAUCAACCCUGCUCUGUCACAAGCGAACACACACAGGCGAGAAGCCAUAUUCAUGUAGGGAUUGUGGGGAAAGCUUCAGUUGGUCAUCGCACCUGCUCCGUCACAAGCGAACACACACAGGCGAGAAGCCAUAUUCAUGUAGGGAUUGUGGGGAAAGCUUCAGUUGGUCAUCGCACCUGCUCCGUCACAAGCGAACACACACAGGCGAGAAGCCAUAUUCAUGUAGGGAGUGUGGGAAAAGCUUCAGUCAAUCAUCAGACCUGCUCCGUCACAAGCGAACACACACAGGCGAGAAGCCAUAUUCAUGUAGGGAGUGUGGGAAAAGCUUCAGUUGGUCAUCGCACCUGCUCCGUCACAAGCGAACACACACAGGCGAGAAGCCAUAUUCAUGUAGGGAGUGUGGGAAAAGCUUCAGUUGGUCAUCAACCCUGCUCCGUCACAAGCGAACACACACAGACAAGAAGCCAUAUUCAUGUAGGGAGUGUGGGAAAAGCUUCAGUUGGUCAUCAACCCUGCUCCGUCACAAGCGAACACACACAGACGAGAAGCCAUGUUCAUGUAGGAAGUGUGGGAAAAGUUUCAGUCAGUCAUCCACCCUGCUCUGUCACAAGCGAACACACACAGGUGUGAAGCCACAUUAGUGAAUUGUCAGUUCCAGUACUGAAGCUUGUGGGGUUUGGCAUCAAAGUAGCUGUAAAUUUCCCCUGAUCUGUUUGUGUUUGAUCCACUUUCCCAUCUACUGUUAGUAAUCAGGACUCUUGUUCUUAGUCCGAUAUCUAGGCAGGUAUGACACAAGGGGGGAAGAAAGUUCAAUAGCUAUGGCUGAAGCAGCAGCACUGUUCAUAUUAUCUUCCUGUUUGGAGCUCUUAAAUAUACAUGUAGAGGCUUGAAUACAGACCUGGUAACCCUGGCAGUAGUCUGCCAUGAAAACCUAUUGAAUAGACAGGGCUUUUAAAAUCCUUGUCCUAUGAAAGUGACAUAGUGGUUGGCCUAUUUUCAACUACACAAUAGCUUCCAAAACUUAGCUGGAAAGUGCUCACACAUAUAACAACUUGCUUGGAUUUGUCCUGAUAGAUUUAUUUAUAACAUUUCUAUUCCCCUCUUACAAAGUCUUAUAGUCUUUGGUGGCUUCUUAUAGUCUAAGAUGGCUUACAAUAAAACAUUAAAGGAAUGUUCUGCUCAUUGUUCUUCUGUAUUAAUGUUCCCACAGUAAAUACCCAGGAGAAUUAUAUAUAUAUAAAUUGUAAUGCUAAAAUCCUCAUGUGAAAUAAAGUAUUCUAUAGUGUGA